AUGGCGAGCUCGCCACCCGCGGGAAGCCUGCUCCAGGAGCCAAAACUACAGUUUAGCUUAAGGGAAAGAUUUAAUAGAGUGAAAGGGAAGCUCUCCUCGCCUCAAUCGAAGGGUAAUGUCGUCGAUCCUAGUCCGGCCGUAGCUACUCCCGACACCGGAGCCCAGGCCAUCGCUCGAGAUCAAAACGUUGGAAAGGCAAUAGAGCCUAGGACAGGUCCAACAUCCCAGGAUCAUUUGUCGCCUGACAGUCAGCUCCCGACUAGAGACAGUGACACCGGGGAGAACACAUCACAAACCCCCUAUGAAGUAGCAUCAGCUGAAACUCACGUCCCGGAGAUUCCUGAGCAAGUCUUCAAGCCAAUACGCGAGGUCUGGAAUGAAGCCUACGAAGACCUCAAAGCACAAGAUGAAGAUCUCAUCACUAAGUACGAGGUCAGGUUGCGGUACAAUGUGUACGGUGCACUGGCAUCAAAGGCUCUGAAAGUAGAAAGAGCCGAGCUGAUGAAGAGUGUCGUGGACAUGAAGCUGGAACAGUACAAGGAGGACGCCUGGAAAGUAAAGGCCCUUGGGGAAGAAUUUCUUGUUAAAAAUAUGGCAAAGCCUUUAGUGGGAGUUCUGAAAUGGGCAGACCAAUAUGUGGGUGAUGCACUAAAGAGCAAUCCAAUGGCUUCUUUCGGAUGGGCUGGAGUGAUGGUUUUCGUGCCAUUACUCCUCAAUCCGUCUACACAAGAGAAAGCUCUAUUAGAAGGACUUGCUAGUGUCUCCGGUGUUCUCGUUCGCAGCACAAUGCAAGAGAAUUUGUAUUUUCGACGGUGGGAGGCAAACGCGGACAAAAAUGAUAGGGCUAAUUUUAUGCCAUCGCAUAAAGAAUACAGAGACACCCUAAAAGCGCUAUAUGUCCUCGUGCUAAGGUAUCAAGCGACAAGUGUUUGCUAUUUCACCAAGAAUGGAGGACUUCGAGUACUCGCGGAUAUGGUGAAGUGGCACGCAUGGGAAGAUAUGCUGAAAGACGUCAAGAAGCAGGAUGAAGCCAUGUGCCGUACUUAUGACUUGUUGAGCGAUGUGAAGAUCGAAGAGGAAUUCGAGAAACUGGAUAAGAGACAUGGGGAGAUGGUGGAAAUCUUCAAAUCAGGAUUCAGUGAUGUUGUGGCACUCCGGAAAGCUAUCGAGACAGCGCGACUCGACUACAACCAUACCGAAUUGCUGAGCUGGCUGAGCUCGGUGGAUCCUUCGCAGAAUUACAACAACGCUCGAGGCAAAUACGAGAACGGCGGGCACGGCACGGGGGACUGGCUGGUACGGAACAAUGAAGACUUCAAAAGGUGGAAAACUGCACCCAAUUCUCUUAUGUGGCUUAACGGGAAAGCGCUGACAAACGCUAGUUCUUCAGUGAUCAGCCACUUGAAAGAAGCUCAUCAAGGAGACCCUCAAGUAGCCUUGGCAUACUUCUACAUCAGCUUCAACGACGAGCAGAAACAAACUGCUGUCGGAAUGAUCGAAUCAAUCGUUAAACAGAUAUGUUGCUGUCGGCCUGAUACUCCUCUAUCAAUCAAAGCAUUAGAGGACUUGAAGGCGAGAGGUCAUCGACCUGACCUCCAAACGCUGCAGAGUAUUCUCGUCGAGACGCUCCAAGGCUUCUCCAGCGUCUAUGUGAUAGUCGAUGCGCUUGAUGAGUGCCCCGACGUAGACUACGGCCGGGAUGUUUUGUUAAGUUGUCUUGCCACUAUUCAUCAGAAGAGCUCAAGGAAUCUGCAUAUGUUCUGGACAAGUCGGAGGGAGAAGGACAUUGAAAUUUCAUACCGUUCAAUUGAAUCCCGAUUCGAAAAAUGGGACAUUGAUCUAUCAGCCUACAAACCUGCCCUCGACCACGACAUUGGAUUGUUCAUCGACCGUACUCUAUCCUCAAUAACUUAUAACUCAUGGCCUAGAGAGCUCAAAGACGAAACGAGGAAAGGACUCAUCGAGAAGUCCGAUGGCAUGUAUGUCCUCUGGUUCCGGAAGCAUCUUAUGCACGACGUAAAAGAGAUCCAAAAAUCCUAA